GCGGCCCAGGGCGUGGACUGGAGCUACCGGCCCGAGACCCCCGGGCCCAGUUCGAAUCCUUUCUUUAAGAAAAUUGUCUACAGAGAGUAUGAACCAUAUUUUCUGAAAGAAAAACCACGAUCCAAAACUUCAGGACUUCUUGGGCCUACCUUGUAUGCUGAAGUUGGAGACAUCAUGAAAGUUCACUUUAAGAAUAAGGCAGACAAGCCCGUAAGCAUCCAUCCUCAAGGAAUUAAAUACAGUAAAUUCUCAGAAGGUGCUUCUUACUCUGACCACACGUUCCCUGUGGAGAAGAUGGAUGACGCCAUAGCUCCGGGCCAGGAAUACACAUACGUGUGGAAGAUCGGUGAGGACAGCGGACCCACACACGAUGACCCUCCGUGCCUUACACACAUCUAUUACUCCUAUGAGAAUUUGAUACAGGACUUCAACUCUGGGCUGGUUGGACCUCUGCUCAUUUGUAAGAAAGGUGCCCUCACUGACAACGGGGUUCAGAAGAUGUUUGACAAACAACAUGUGCUGAUGUUUGCUGUGUUUGAUGAAAGCAAGAGCUGGAGCCCAUCAUCGUCUUUAAUGUACACAGUCAAUGGCUAUGUGAACGGAACAAUGCCAGAUAUCGCAGUUUGCGCCCAUGACCACGUUAGUUGGCAUCUGAUUGGAAUGAGUUCUGGGCCGGAGCUGUUCUCCAUUCACUUCAACGGCCAGGUCUUGGAGCAGAAUCAUCAUAAGAUCUCGGCUAUCACCCUUGUCAGUGCUACAUCCACUACUGCAAACAUGACUAUGAGCCCGGAGGGAAAGUGGAUCAUAUCUUCUCUCGUCCCAAGACAUUUUCAAGCUGGGAUGCAGGCUCACAUUGACAUUAAAAACUGUGCGAAGAAAACCAGGAAUCCUAAGAAACUAACUCGUGACCAGAGGCGGCACAUGAAGAGGUGGGAAUACUUCAUUGCUGCGGAGGAAGUCAUCUGGGACUAUGCACCUGUAAUACCAGUGAAUAUGGACAAGAAAUACAGAUCUCUGCAUUUGGAUAAUUUCUCAAACCAAAUUGGAAAACAUUAUAAGAAGGUUGUCUACAAACAGUAUCAAGAUGAAUCUUUCACUAAACGUAUGGAGAAUGAUAAUAUCAAAGAAGACGGGAUCUUGGGCCCGAUUAUCAGAGCCCAGGUCAGAGACACACUCAAAAUCGUGUUCAAGAACAUGGCCAGCCGCGCCUACAGCAUUUAUCCGCACGGAGUGACCUUCUCUCCGCACGAAGACGAGGCCAACGCGUCCCUGACUUCAGACAACACGACCAUGGUCAGGGCCGUGCGACCCGGGGAGACGCACACGUACAAGUGGAACAUCCUGGAGUCGGACGAGCCCACAGAGCACGACGCGCAGUGCCUGACGAGGCCCUAUUACAGCCACGUGGACGUCACCAGGGACAUCGCGUCCGGCCUCAUCGGCCUCCUGCUCAUUUGCAAGAGCCGCUCCCUGGACAAACGAGGCAUUCAGAGGGCAGCAGACAUCGAGCAGCAGGCAGUGUUUGCUGUGUUUGAUGAGAACAAGAGCUGGUACAUUGAGGACAACAUCAACAAGUUCUGUGAAAAUCCCGACAAGGUGAAACGUGACGACCCCAAGUUUUAUGAAUCAAACAUCAUGAGCACGAUCAACGGCUAUGUCCCUGAGAGUAUACCCACACUCGGAUUCUGCUAUGAGGACACCGUCCAGUGGCACUUCUGCAGUGUAGGAACCCAGGAUGACAUCUUGACCAUUCACUUCACCGGGCACUCAUUCAUCUAUGGAAAGAGACAUGAGGACACCUUGACCCUCUUCCCCAUGAGUGGGGAAUCUGUGACGGUCACCAUGGAUAAUGUUGGAACUUGGAUGUUAACGACAAUAAAUUCCAAUCCAAGAAACAAAAACCUAAGGUUGAAAUUCAGGGAUGUUAAAUGUAUCCGGAAUGAUUACGAAGACUCGUAUGAGAUUAUCUACGGACCUCCCGCAUCUACAGCCAUGACUACACGGAAAAUGCGUGACUCUUCAGAAAACAUGGGUGAAGAGGUUGAUGAUGACGAUGAUUACCAGAACAGCCUGGCUUCUUGGCUGGGAAUUAGGUCAUUCAGAAAUUCAUCACUUAAUCAGGAGGAACAAGAGUUUAAUCUUACUGCCCUAGCUCUGGAGAACAAUUCUGAAUUCAUUCCUCCUGAUACAGCUCUUAGUUCAAAUUCUUCUUCCCUAAGUAAUAUUAGCAGGUUUACUGUCUAUAACUUUGCAAAACCUCAAAAAACUCUUCCUCACCCAGCAGCCACAAUGGCUGGCCCCUCUCUGGGACACAUUGGCUUAGACAAGAACUCAGCUCUCAACCGUUCGACAGCAGAACAUUCCAGCCCUUAUUCUGAAGACUCUGUAGAGGAUCCUCUACAGCCAGACAUCACAGAGAUAAGCCUACUUCCAUUUGAUGCAGAAGGAUUCAGGGGUCAAGAACAUGCGAAGCAUAAGGGAUCCAAGAAAGGAAGAGAGCACACAGCGAAGCACAGGUUCUCCCAAGUGGAAUUUUCAGCACAAAAAACUGGGAGAUACUUAAGCCAAGGCAAUUCUUCUCCUUCCAGAAUGGGAUCCUGGGAAGAUUUUCCCAGUGAUCCGUUACUCUUAAAACAAAAGAAUCCAUCCAAGGUUGUGAAUGGGAAGUGGCAUGUGGUGUCUGAGAAAGGUAGUUAUGAAAUCGUUCCAGAUGCUAAUGAAGACAUGACUGUUGAUAAGCUGCUGGACAGCCCCCGGAAUGCCUCAAGGACUUGGGGAGAAAACAUCCCUCUCGUAAAAAAGCACAGAAAGCAGAGUGGCCACCCCAGAUUUUCUGGAAUUAGAAAUAAAUCUCUCCAAGUAAAACAGGACAGAGGAAACAGUGGAUUGAAGAAAAUCCCUUUUUUCAUUAAAACACGAAAAAAGAAAAAAGAAGUGAAGUUUGCACACCAUAUUCCUCUAUCUCCAAGGGGCUUCCACCCUCUAAGAGGAAAGGCCAAUACCACAUUUUCAGACAGGAGACUUGAUCACUCAUUGUUACCCCAUAAAUCUGAUGAAACAUCUUUUCCCACAGACCUCAAUCAGACAUUCCCCUCUGUGAAUCUGAGCCUGUUAGCCUCACUUCCUGACCAUAAUCACAAUGCACCAAAUGACACCAGUCAGACAAGCUCCCCUUUAGAUCUUUAUCAGAUAAUACCCCCAGAAGAAUACUAUCAGGCAUUUCCUAUUGGAGAGUCUGAUCAAAUACACUCCACUAUAGACUCUAGCCAUACAUCUCCUCCAGAGUCUGGCCAGAUGCUCGACUAUGACCUAAGAAAAAAGCCAUUCCCUACUGACAUUGAUCAAAUGUUCCCUUCUUUGGAACCUGAAGCCUGGCAGGCAACUCUCUCUGCAGAUCUCAGUCAACUAACCAUUUCCCCGGAUCUUGACCAGACAACAUUUUCUCCAGACCUCAGCCAGACAACCCUGUCCCCAGACCUCAGCAAGACAACCCUUUCCCCAGACUUUGACCAUACAACCUUUUCUCCAGACCUCAGCCAGACAACCCUGUCCCCAGACCUCAGCAAGACAACCCUUUCCCCUGACUUCGAUCAUACAACAUUUUCUCCAGAGCUCAUCCAGACAACAUUUUCUCCAGACCUCGACCAGUCAACCUUUUCUCCAGACCUUGACCAGGCAAAAUUUUCUCCAGACCUUGACCAGACAACCUUUUUUCCAGACUCUGACCAGACAACAUUUUCUCCAGACCUCAGCCAGACAACACUUUACCCAGACCUUGACCGGACCAGCUUUUCUUCAGACCUCAGCCAGACAACACUUUCCCCAGACCUCAGUCAGACACCUUUUUCUCCAGACCUUGACCAGGAGACUCUCUCAUCAGACAUCAGCCAGACAACCCUUUUUCCAGACCUCGAUCAGAUGCUCCUUUACCCAGACCUCAACCAGGCAACUCUCUCUCCAAACAUUAGUCAAACAGCCCUUCCUCCUGAUCUAGAUACAUCACUUCCUCCAGACCUUGAUCAGACAUCCUACACCUCUGAAUCUACUCAGUCAUUGCUUCUUCCAGAAUUUGGUCAGAUUUUCCCUCAUCCAGACAUUGGUCAGGUGUCAUCUCCUACCCUAAAUAACACUCUUAUGCCAAGAGAACUUAACCCACCAGUCGUAAUAGGCCUCAGUGCAAAUGAUGGAGAUUAUAUUGAGAUUAUUCCAAGGCAGAAGGAAGAGAGCAGUGAAGAAUACACUGCUGAAAUUGAUUUUGUGGCCUAUGAUGACCCUUACCAAACUGAUACUAGGACAGACAUUAACUCCUCCAGAAAUCCUGACAGCAUUGCAGCGUGGUACCUCCGCAGCAACAGUGGAAACAGAAAAUAUUAUUACAUUGCUGCUGAAGAAAUAUCUUGGGAUUAUUCAAAAUUUGCUCAAAGUGAAGACGUUGAUGAUGAUCCAGAGAACACCAUAUACAAGAAAGUCGUCUUUCGGAAGUACCUUGAUAGCACUUUUACCAAACGUGAUCCUUUGGGGGAGUAUGAAGAGCAUCUCGGCAUUCUUGGUCCUAUUAUUAGAGCUGAAGUGGAUGAUGUCAUCCAAGUUCGUUUCAAAAAUUUAGCAUCCAGACCAUAUUCUCUUCAUGCCCACGGGCUUUCCUACGAAAAGUCAUCAGAGGGAAAGACUUACGAAGAUGACUCUCCUGAGUGGUUCAAGGAAGAUAAUGCUGUUCAGCCAAAUAGCAGUUACACGUACGUAUGGCACGCCACCACCCGAUCCGGACCGGAGAGUCCCGGCUCUGCCUGCCGGGCCUGGGCUUACUACUCAGCAGUGAACCCGGAAAAAGACAUCCAUUCUGGCUUAAUAGGUCCCCUUCUGAUCUGUGAAAAAGGAGUCCUUGAUAAGAGCAACACGCCCAUGGAUAUGAGAGAAUUCGUCUUACUUUUUAUGAUCUUUGACGAAAAGAAGAGCUGGUACUAUGAAAAAAAGACCCAGUCCCCCAGGCCUUGGAGACUUGCAUCUUCAGAAGUCAAAAACUCCCAUGAGUUUCAUGCCAUUAAUGGGAUGAUCUACAACUUGCCUGGCCUGAGGAUGUACGAGCAAGAGUGGGUGAGGUUGCACCUGCUGAACAUGGGCAGCUCCCAGGACAUUCACGUGGUUCACUUUCACGGCCAGACCCUGCUGGAAAACGGCACUCGACAGCACCAGCGGGGGGUCUGGCCCCUGCUGCCUGGUUCAUUUAAAACUCUUGAAAUGAAGGCAUCAAAAGCUGGCUGGUGGCUGCUGGACACAGAGGUUGGAGAAAACCAGAGAGCAGGGAUGCAAACACCGUUUCUCAUCAUAGACAGAGAAUGUAAGAUGCCGAUGGGACUAAGCACUGGUAUCAUAGCUGAUUCACAGAUCAAGGCUUCUGAGCAUUUAGGUUAUUGGGAACCCAGAUUAGCAAGAUUAAACAAUGGUGGGUCAUAUAAUGCUUGGAUCACAGAGAAACCUUCAACAGAACUUGAUGCUAAACCUUGGAUCCAGGUGGACAUGCAGAGGGAAGUCGUACUCACGGGGAUCCAGACUCAAGGGGCCAAGCAGUAUCUGAAGUCCUACUACACCAUGCAGUUCUCCGUGGCGUACAGCUCCGACCGCACGAACUGGCAGAUCUUCAAGGGGAACAGCACCAGGAACGUGAUGUAUUUUGAUGGCAAUUCGGAUGCCUCUACGAUAAAAGAGAAUCGGUUUGACCCACCUAUCAUGGCUAGAUAUAUUAGGAUCUCUCCAACAAGAUUCUAUAACAGACCAGCACUUCGGUUGGAGCUGCUAGGCUGUGAGGUUAACGGAUGCUCCGCACCACUGGGUAUGGAAAAUGGAAAGAUAGAAAACAAGCAAAUCACAGCUUCCUCAUUCAAAAAAUCUUGGUGGGGAGAUUACUGGGAACCCUUCCGUGCCCGUCUCAAUGCCCAGGGUCGUGUGAACGCCUGGCAAGCCAAGGCAAACAACAACCAACAGUGGUUACAAAUUGAUCUGCUCACAAUCAAGAAGAUAACUGCCAUUGUAACCCAGGGUUGCAAGUCUCUGUCCGCCGAGAUGUAUGUGAAGAGCUACAGCAUCCAGUACAGUGACCAGGGCAUGGAAUGGAAGCCUUACAGGCAGGGGUCCUCCAUGGUGGCCAAGAUUUUUGAAGGAAACAAUAAUAUCAAAGGACACGUGAAGAACUCUUUCAACCCACCCAUUAUGUCCAGGUUCAUCCGCAUCAUUCCUAAAACAUGGAAUCAAAGUAUUGCACUUCGCUUGGAGCUCUUUGGCUGUGAUAUUUACUAGAAUUGAAUAUUUGAAGACAUAGGAAGGACUCGUAAAGCUAUCAAACCAUUUAGAGCAGGCAAUGUAUUUUAUAGCUUUUUAAACAUUAAUUUUCAGUAUUUUCCCUUUUUUCUAUUAGAGAAUAAAAUUUUAUAUAUGAAACUUUCAUAAGGUAAACUCCUUGCUACAAUUCAGUGAGAUGAUAGCUAUUAAUUCUUAACUGAUCUGAAUAUAGAUUGGAAAAAUACUGAGAACCAACAAGCAAAUGGCUUCUUUCACAAUGAUUAAAAAUGCUAUGUAAAGUAAUAUUUAUGUAGUUAGCAAUGCUUCAUUAUAGUUCUUUUAAAACCUACACACACUAAUAAAAAAGAUACUACUUUAAAAAAAAAUUUUUUAGACCUGGAUAGUUUUCACUCCUACCUUUAAAAAACCAAACCAAACCAAACAAAAAUCCCUAUGAUUUAAGAGUAAAGGAAACAAGGUUUUAAAUGGUUCAUUUUUCUUAACAUGGAAAGAAAAAAAAUCAUACCAUAUGUAAGAAUGAGUGCUUGAAGUACCCUGUCUUACCCAAACAAUGAUUUUUCUGACCCUCUAUGAGUAAAGACGCAGUUGUCCCAA